AUGACGGUGCAGGAAUUCCAGUCCUGUCUGGCCCAAAGCUUACAACAAUGGGAGCAACAGGGCCGUAAGGGUAUAUGGAUUCACGUACCACCUGGUCAAGCCGAUAAAAUACCGAUCGCGACGUCCCUGGGCUUUGACUUUCAUCUCAUUGUGGCGCCCGAAAACGCUAGGAAAGACGGCGAUGGAGCCGAUCCGACCCAUGCCGGUACGCCCAACGUGUUGGUACUGACCAAAUGGCUCCCACCGAACGUACCGUCGCGACUACCCCACGGUCCCACGCACCAAAUCGGCGUCGGCUGUCUAAUCCUGCACCCGCUCGACGAAACCCGCAUGCUCGUGGUGCAAGAAAAGUCGGGACCGGCUGCCGCCUACGGAUUGUGGAAAAUGCCGACCGGGUUGGCCGAUCCGCACGAAGACCUCCACGAUGCCGCCGUGCGGGAACUCCACGAAGAAACCGGACUGCACGCAAGCUUUCAAGGCGUCCUCGUUUUCCGACAAGCACAUGCCUCCAAGAAAACAGCAACUGCCCGGCUCGGACGGACCGUGUCGGACAUGUUCUUUGUCUGUCGCAUG